AUGGAUGUUGAGGAACACCAACACAUGCUCUUUGCACAUGCUGGAGCACGUGCUACCCCAAUCGAGACAACCCAGCACCACCUUCCUCCUGAGAAUACGACAGACGCUACUUCCAACCACGUGCGCAUUUGUGCUGUUUGCUUCAAGGACCAGUCUUUGGAGUAUUUCCCUGAUGUCAGCAACGACAGCCGCCACCAGCAUGGCGCAAACACCUGCCGUACCUGCUUCAACAGAUAUCUCAUCCAGCAAAUCAAUGCAGGGCAGGCCCGCGUUGGAUGCGCAGAAUGUCAGGAGCCUCUACGAUACGCUGAAGUCAAAUCCAUCGUCGCCAAGACCACACUCAUGAAGCAUGACAAGAACUUGCUCAAGGCAUUCGUUGAAGAAGAUGCAGACUUCUACUACUGCCAUUGUAUGGCUUGUGAGAUUCCCUGGCACGAGGGUGAGACCUGCGACCAAUACCAGGCUCGCCAUGAUGAAGAAAUCAUUCAGACCCAAGUCAUGGUCCGCCAGACAUCGAAGAUUUGUCCUGGAGGUUGCGGCGCUAGAAUCGAGAGAAAUGGAGGAUGUCCUCACAUGCUUUGCUCAAGAUGCUCCCAUGAAUUCUGUUACCUCUGCCUCGGCGAAUGGCAGCCUCAUCUCGCGACCGGAGGAUGUGUCAUUCCCAUUCCCGCCACCCCUGAGCCUGACCCUGUCCCCGCUGAGAUUGAGUGGCGCCAGAACGAGCGUCAGGCUCGUCAAAACCUCCGCGAUUUCCACAACGAGCAAGCAGAGGCCCUCAUCGAAACCAUCACAAUGCCAUGCCCCAAGUGCAAAGUCCGCAUCGAGAAGGACGGCGGCUGUGACCACAUGACCUGCGUCCAAUGCCAGUACGAGUUCUGCUACCAAUGCUCGGCGAACUACGCGACGAUCCUCAGAUACGACAACCGUCGUCACAAGCGUUCGUGUGUGUACUACUCGGGCAAGGCACACGGCCGUGUCAUGCCUCUCAAGACCAACAACGUCGUCGACCAGCCCGACGAGCCCUCGACGACUGCCCCAACAAAGCGUCGUCGCGUCACUGUGCGCAAGCCCACAGUGAAGAACAAGAAGGGUGGCGUCACUAAGAAGAAGGCCGCCGUCGCGUCGACUGUCGUUCGUCGUGGCACCCGCACUGGUCUGCGUAGCUCGACAGCCGCAGUGAAGGGUCCUGUCACUCGCUCACAGACCAGAGCACGUAAAUAG